UCAUAUGACUAGCGCAGCAUAUUGUACGCAAUGGAGUUGUGUGUGUAUAAAUUUUGUGUUUUUUAAAAACAAUUAUUUAUUUUAGUAAUUUUUUAUCAUGAAAAUGAAUUGAAAACAUGUUUUUUAUGACCAAGAAUAACACAACGUCCAAAUGAAGUCGUCAGAAGAGCUUUUUAGAGUGUACCAAAGCCACACUCAAACGAACUACUGGAUAAAAUUGUUACACACAAAAAUCAGGCAGGUAGUGGGCUGGAAUGCUUAGUAAAUUUUUGCAUGUGUUGCCCCCUUUGUCCCCAUUUGUUCGCUCUAAUGGUUCAAAGACACCAGAAGAAUAAAAUGGCCUCAGAACAGCCGUUGAAGAAGAAGUUAAGACGAGGUAACAGUUCAAAUUCAGCAGAUGAAACAGAUUUCAUUCACAUCACAGAGAAUGGGGUAGCAAACGAUUUAUCAGCGUUCCACCUGUUUCCUGCAAACGUUAAUGAGGAUGAUAUUACUUUGAAUGCAGUGAAUUUAGAGUUUCAUGGGAGUAAGUCGGUGUUUCGGACUAGUGAACUUAGUGAAAGUGAUGAAAAGUGCAUUGAAGACAAAACUGAAGAUGACAGAAAGGAUUAUCCUACAAGUAGUUGUUAUUCAAAUGCUCAUAUUACAAGUUGUGAAAAUAUCUCUUUACAAGCAGCACCGAAUAUGGUCAUUUGUACAAAUUUUGGUAAGAAGAAUGAGCAGGAGACUGAAGAUUUGAAUAAGCAACAGAUGAUGGUGGAUCCAGAAGGAGAAGAAACUGAAACGUUUCAUAGUUAUUUAGUAAAACAGUGUCUUUGUGGUAUCCCAGAUCGUGUUUUGAGGAAGCCAUUUGAAGGUCAUCAAAUUAUAGAUGAGAAUGGCAGUCGACUAGCAAUGUUGAGUGAGUGGUCGACACAGCAAGUGUUACAGUUUUUGUCGAAUGUUCAACUACUGUUUGAUGUGUAUUUAAAACAAAAUAAUAAUGGGCACAUCUGUUCACAAAUUGUAAAUAUUUGCAAUAUUUUUGUACAUAAUGAACAUAACUUGGUUGAACAGAUUUUGUCACUAUGUGAAACGAGAGACAAAUAUGUAAAUUAUUUGGCAGCAAAGGUUUUUAGUAGUUUCUUAAUAAUUGCUAAAACAUACAUAAAUAAUGAGUGGCUUGAAACAAUAGUCAGCUUUUUAACUAUUGAGAAUACUGACUAUGUGAAAAUGAAUUUUGCUUUAGAAAUAAUAAAACGUGUAGUGGAAUGGAAGAAUGUUGACAUUCAUGUUUUGGAAGAACCUCAAAGUGCAGAUGUAGCAGGCAGCAGUACUCAAAAUGUUGACAUUAACAUAAACUGUGUGACAGUUCCUUAUAGUGAUGCAGAAAGUUAUGAUACAUCAGGAAUCAAAGGAUUAAUAAUCAAAAGUUUGGAAUCCAAAUGGCCAGAAUUGAUUAACAAAGUUCAGUAUUUAAUUACCCAUAAUUCCUCAGUUGAGGCACAAACUUGUGUUCUUACGUUCCUAGCCUUAUGGGAAAGUACCAUUUCAGUUAAAGCUAAUUUAAGUGUGAUCGAUACAAAACCUUUUUAUGCCCAUUUAGAAAAUUUUGUUGGAAUGCUUAAUAGUAACUUACCACCAAUUAUUUGGAAGCAGCUCCUGUCAUUGUUCAACGAAGUUCUGUGUUAUGGAAGCACAUUAGCUUUACAAGAUAUGUUGCCUGAAGACACGUGCCAGCUAGCACAUUUGAUUGUGCGUUAUGUCAAAGACUUCCGACUGUUAGAUAGUUUACCAUACAGAAGAUCAGAAGGCUACACUGUAAACAGUUUUGUGGGAACCAUACCUAGCACACAACCAACGCAGUCAAACAUUGAUAAAACACUUCUACAAAAAAUGAUUUUAUUAGUACUGAAAAGCGUAGCAAUCACAAUCAAGGAGACGCGGUCAGAUAGUUCAGAUUCAAGUGUGGGAUCUGAAGACUAUGAUUUUUCACAUGACAUGCAACUCAUAGCUCGUUCAAUAAGGGAUGUAUUAAAGAAAGUCGAUGUUUUUGUUAAAGUCAGCUUAGAAUUUCAUCCAGAAACUCCGUUUUCGAAGAUACUCAUUCAUUUAUUUAGUGAUCAGGACGAUUACAUGAUAGAAGCUAUGGUUUGUACCUUAGACAUAAAGACCGGGAUUUCGUAUCAAACUCCGUUAGCUCCUGAUUUUAUAGCUAUGUUAAAUCCUGUACAUUCGUUCAUAGAGUUUUUGAAAAUUGUUAGUCAUGAUGCAGAGAUUCUUUUGGAUUAUUUAGUUAGUAAUGAAACUUGCUUUUUGCUGUAUUUAUUGCGAUUCUUAAAGUAUACAAGACGAAAUUGGGACGUUUUUGUAAGUAGUUGUUAUGAGGGUGGCGCUUCUAGAACGAAUGAACUUGACAAUACCAUGACAGUUUUAAUAAGACUAAAAAUACAAAUUGAUCGCCUUGUAUCAAAGAAUUUGUUCCCAUAUAAUAUUAAUCCCGUUUUAAGACUGCUCGAAAUUUGUGAAAAUCUUUAUGAAGGCAAUGAAUACAGCUGAUAGCUUUAAUUUUCAUGAAGUAAAUAUUUUUAUUUAUGUAUAUAACUUGUUGUGGAAUAGUACAAAAUCUUCUGAUUUCUUCUAAUUUAUUUUAGUAUUUUUUAUUACAAUACGAGAACAAAUAAUACAGCUAUAAUCACAUUUUUGCUGUGGUUUCUAACUAAAUUUAGUUUGUUGAUCAAACAUGAUGCAUCAUUUCAAUUUUUAAAACCAUUUUCUAUUGUCUUUAACAAAAGCUAGACCGCACACGAUUUUCAAAACAGCUUACUAAAAUCCCCCUUUUUUUAAUGUUUUUUUAAGUGAAUUAACUGUUAAUUUAUAAAAACGUACUAAGUUAUUAUUUGUGUGUAGGUAGGGUAUAAGUGUUUGCAAGUCGUAUUAAAAUACUGAGCACCUCCAAAUAAAUUACGUACCAAAAGUGCUGUUCAGUGUCGUUUGUAUCCAACUAUAUGUUUGUUGAGCAAGUUUGGAAAAUAAUAAAUCAGAUAGACCCUAAUCACAUUUUGCAAUUUCAAAAACUACCAGCGCUGUAAAACUACCGCUCUUAAGCAUGAGAAUUUAGUUCAAAACACGGCCAGUUUUUAGUUUUUACAACACUGGUAAUUACGGAAUUAUAUUUUUAUUAUUAUUAAAACAGCUUCAUAGACCAUUUAGAGCUUUCGCUUCCUUCCUUUGAUUUAUAUUAACAAUCCGCCUUACAAGUCAUACUUAGUUUGAUUUCUUAUUUACCAACUUGAGUUUAGUAAACAUAUGGAUGCAUAACUGUGCCUUUGUGUAAAGUAAAUUUGUAAAAAUUUUAAUAACACGUUUUGUACAGUACAGAACUAUAUUUUUAUGGUCUAAAUUGUAUUAGUAGAAAUAUGUCUCCGUUAACAUCGUAAUAAAGUAACUAGCACCACAUUUAUUUUGAAGUGCUGAAUGUUUGUAAAUUUCAAGGUUGUGGUAAAAAAAAUGUAAAAAUUAAUUCUGUGCCUUUAUUGAGGCUGCUAAAACCUAUAAUUCUUAAGAUAGAUCAGUGGUAGGUGUUAUAUUUUUUUAGUCGGAAAGUUGCAACUAAAUGAUGUAACUGGUAAUGAGUAGGAACCACAGCAUAACUGAAUGUAGCUGUAGCGGCAGUGUAUUCCAUUUUUCAUGAAGACAUGGCAAUAUUUUCUUUAUUUAACGUAGAAUUGUUUUGAAUUUCAUUAGUAUGUGUAGCUGAAACUGCUACAUUUUAGCGACUCUAAAACUUUUUCACUGUGAUAUAGGGCUACUAUGGUGUUGCAGUGCAAACAAGACCUGCAGAAAAGAUUUUUUUUGACUUUUUCAUCUUGGAGGUUACAAUAUAACUUAUUACUUAAAUCUGUAGUAAAUACUACAAACCAGAGCACACAUAACCGUUCAAAAUCAAGUCAGGUAUUGUGCCAUCCAACAUCUGUCAAAGUUUCGUAAUGUGAACUUUUCUUUUCUAGUGCCAUCGGGAACAGGAAAACUGGGCAGAGGUGUCAUGCAAUUGUCAAAAUUUCUAAACCAGACCUUAGCUACUCAUAACGACGCUUUUAAUGGUUGACGUAUUUAUCAUUUUGACACUGACAAAAUAUCAAUCAUAUUGACGCUAAAGGUGCAUUUACAUUGGCAUUUUUUGAAAUGACAAGAACAGACUGCCCAGAAUUCCAUGUCCCUCAUAGUACAUAGAAGACUCAUAUUUUCACCACGUUGGUUUGAUGCACAAGUUAAACUGUUAAUUGUAGAAAUCAAAAAAACAAACUUCAGGUGUUUAUGUAAACGGUUCAGUUGUGUAAAAAUAAUCGAGUUUUGUAAAAAUCACGUUAUUUUCGUAUGAAUUUUUUUUAUUCUGAACAAAGUUUUAUGGUAACAUGACCGUGUUACCAUAAAAGGUGCAAGGUGACAAAUCUUGUCGUUUCAAGACCAUAGUAUAUCCUGACAAUAUUUAAAAAACUCUAAAUGAGAAAUUAAAUAAAGAAGAGAUAAAAGUGUCUUCAAAAAGAGUACACUAUAUAUUGUAUUUUUAGACAGCGGAAAUUGUCUCCACUUGUACGUUCGUCUAGAUAAAGGCCGUCAGUACUGUCUUCCAGUUUAUGAAAUUAAAAAUCAAAAUAUUGGCACCGUAUAUCUAAAUUAAAAAGUCCCAUAGCUUAUCACUGUGGAUUUCAUAUUGAGUCAUGAAAAGCGUACUUUAAUAUAAAAUUGUAUUUUUUUCCAUUUUCACUAUUCGAAGUAGAGAGUUUGACUAAAUGUUGAACGGAAUUCACGGCCGUUGAAAAUGUUUCUGGCGAGCAUGUAAAAAAUUGCCAUGUUUAAGAUCUUCAUAUUCACUUUGACAGUUGUGGUCAUGGUUUUGAUGUAAAUGGUUAAAGCUGAGCGACAAUGUAAGAUCUUGUACUGUCUCUUUAUGUAAUGAUUGAUAAAUUGUAUUUAAAAAAUUAAAUAAGUCUGUAAUAAUUAACUUAUUUCUCUUUAUUUAUUCACUAUUAAAUAGAUUCUUUGUAACAAAUUGUAAAUUAAUUGUAGUUACCUUAAUGAAAUGUAAGUAUUUGACUCAUAUUGUGUAAUAUUAAAUAGGAUCAUGAAUCAUGAUGUUUUAUUUCUGUUGUAAACAGCAGUAAUUAAUUUAAUAAAAGAAAGGCCAUGAUGUGUUGCUGUGUCCAUAUGUGUUAAAUUUGCAGUAAUUUUUGUUUAAUAAGCUUGCUGUCAUUUGUUGUAACAAUAAUAGUCAAAAAUAAGUGAAUGUGUCAGUAAGCUCAUUAAAUGAGACCUAAUAGAGUUCAAAAACAGAUACGUUAUUUUGUAAAAGAAUUUACUUAACAAUAAUUUAAUAUUUCUAAAAAUUGUACAUAAUGUACUAAUGUAUUUUUUUAUUCAAUACAAAACG